AUGUCUCUGGUGCCACCCGCCGAGGGCCCCGAGCUGGAUGCGGAGGAGCAGCAGGUCCUGGAGCUGGCCCAGACAGAGGAGCUGGCCCUGCAGCUGGCCGAGGCGGUGGCCCUCGGGGACGAGGCGGUGGCUGCCCGCAGCGCGGCGGCGCUGGCCCGGCGCCACGCGGAGCUGAGCGUGCACCUGCGGGAGAGGGAGCGGGACGGGGCCGACAUCAGCAUGCCGGUGGGGGUGGAGGACGCCACGUCCUCGGCCAGCAUCACGCUGCGGGUGCAGCCCCACAUCACCAUCGGCACCCUCAAGGAGCAGGUGUUCCGGGAGUACGGCUUCCCGCCGGCGGCGCAGCGCUGGAUCAUCGGGCAGAGCCUGUGCCGGGACGGGCGCAGCCUGGGCUCCUACGGCAUCCGCCGCGACGGCGACCCGGCCUUCCUCUUCCUGCUCUCGGCGCGGCCGGCGCCGGCACCGGCACCGGGAGCGGCACCGGGAGCGGCACCGGCGCCCGGAGCCGAGCGGCAGCGGCAGGCGCUGCAGCUCCUGCGCGCUGCGGGGCUGCACGGCGACGGGGACGGCUCACCUGGCGCAGGCCGUGUCCCCGAGGAGCCCCCGGAGCGGAUGGACAUCGGGGACAUCCAGGAGCACCUGGACUCGCUGCAGCUCUGGGAUGGCGCCGGGGCCCCGCCCGCGGCCCCUGAGCCCCGCCCGGCCUCACCUGAGCAGGCGCUGGAGGCGUAG